AUGGCGGGGCAGCGGAGAGUGACGCCUGCUGCUAGUCUACUGCUGGCAAUAAGCUUUGUCGCCACAGCUGUAGCCGAUUCCGUGCGCACAUCGGAGCAGGAAGGACCUCGCUUCCACGAGGAACCCCCCUUGCUGGUCGAGUUCACAAAUGCCAAAGAGGCUGUGGUGCCCUGUCAGGCGGUAGGCCGGCCGAGCCCCAUCGUGCGUUGGAUCAAACUGCCGGACGGUGUGGCUGCCGCCGAGGUUCCCGGCUUGCGAUACGUGCGUCCCGACGGAUCGCUCGUGUUUCCCAAGUUUGCGCCCAAGGACUUUCGGCAGGACGUUCACGCGACGCUGUACCGGUGCGUGGCCACCAACAGCGUCGGCUCCGUCGCCAGCCGGGACGUCAAAGUCCGGGCCGUUUUGUCGCAACCAUUCGAAGUCCGUGCUUACGACGAGUUCGUGACACGGGGAAACGCAGCACUGUUCCGAUGCCACCUGCCGUCGUUCGCAAAAGAUGUGUUGGCCAUCACCGCCUGGCUCAGGGACGACGGUCUGCUCAUUCACUCGACCCUCGCUGAAGGCUCCAAGUACGCCUUGCUGCCGACGGGGGAACUGCUCAUCCGAGAGACGGACCAGCAGGACGGCUUCCGCACCUACCGCUGCCAGACACGCCAUCGCCUGACCGGCGCCGUGUCGCAGAGCGUGACAGUGGGGCAGCUCAUACUGACAGAGCCACACAACAUGGUGCCGCCCCGCAUCACCCACCGGUUGGGUCAAGUGACGGCUCUGGAACACAGCGAGGCCGUGCUACCAUGCGUGGCUCAGGGAUACCCACUGCCUUCGUACCAGUGGCUUAGACGUCGUGACGGUGAUGCUUCGGCCCGACCUCGCCCGGUGCCGCUAGACGGCGCUCGAGUGAGCAUGUCCUCAGGAAGCCUGGUCAUUCGCUCCGUGGUGGCCGAUGAUGCCGGGAAAUACUACUGCCUCGUCAACAAUACGGCCCGCCAGGACAGGGCCGAGACCGAGCUUGUGGUCUACGCACCCUGGCAGGUAAAGUUAUACCCGUGAGUCCGGCCCGUGUAUUCCGCGUCCAUCGGCCACACACUGCGCCUGAACUGCUCGGCGACCGGCUAUCCCGUGCGCGAUCUCUCUUGGACCAAAGAUGCGAAACCACUGUACGCUUCGGACAGGGUCAAGCUGCUCUUCGACGACCGGCUGCUCGUGGUGAACGCCGUCAAGCGCCAAGACCGUGGCAUGUACCAGUGCUUCGUGCGAAACCAAUUCGAGGUGGCACAGGCUGCCUCUGAAGUCAUACUGAACGACGAGCCCCCAGUGCUGGAAAGCGUGUUUUCCGAGUCCAUCCACAAACCAGGCGGCUCCGUGUCCCUUCGCUGCACGGCCACGGGCAACCCGCUGCCACAGGUCACGUGGGACUUGGACGGGCGCCACCUGCCGGAGACCAUCCGCUACAGGGUGGGCGACUACGUCACCCGCGACAACCGCGUGGUCAGCUACGUCAACAUAAGCAGCGUGCGUCCCGAGGACGGCGGCGUGUAUCGCUGCCGCGCUGCCAACGAUGUUGGCUCUGUCGCGCACGUUGCCCGCGUGAACGUCUAUGGGCCGCCGGCCAUCCGGCCCAUGGGCAACGUGACAGCCCUCUCGGGAGGAAGCCUGGUUGUGCACUGCCCCGUCGGAGGAUAUCCGCUCACUGCUAUUCGGUGGGAGAGAGAGGGGAGGACACUUCCUAGCGGCCACCGCCAGCUGGUUCAUGCCAACGGCACACUAGUUCUCUCGGAAGUGAACCGAAAGGGAGACGAAGGUACCUAUGACUGCGUUGCUGAGAAUGGCCGCGGGGACGUUGCCAGGAGACCACUGCACGUGCACGUCAUGGUGGGACCAAAGGUGGAUCCAUUCAAGUUCCCCAGUGACUUGGAGGAGGGCAUGCGGACUGUGGUCGUGUGUGUGGUUAUCGACGGCGAUCCACCGGUGUUCAUUGGCUGGCUCAAAGAUGGCCGACCUCUGGGAUCAGACCUGGGCGCACACACGGAGAUGCUCAACGCAUUCACGUCUUCCCUGACUUUCCACUCAGUUGGCCCUCAACACAGCGGCAACUAUACCUGUGUCGCGAGAAAUCCGGCCGCCGCUGUCAACCGGUCCGCCACCAUGACCGUCAAAGUUCCUCCUUACUGGCGGAAGCAGCCCACUGACAAAGCCGGUAUUCUCGGAGAGAGUAUCAUCAUCGACUGCCAAGCCGACGGAGUCCCCCAUCCCCAAAUCAGGUGGAAGAAGAUGAUCCCGGGACCACUGGUGGAGUCACAGACCAUCAUCAGCAAUCCAUACAUACAAAUCCUCGAAAACGGCUCGCUCGUGCUGCGCGAGAUUGGACUCAAGGACGCCGGCGAGUACAUGUGCCAGGCGACUAACAACGUGAAGCCGAGCCUUAGCGAAGUGAUCAAGCUGCGCGUUCACGUACCGGCCUUCUUCAAGUCCCAGUUCAGCUCCCAGAACGUACAGAAAGGAGAAGACGUGAGAAUUCGUUGCGAGGCUUUUGGCGAAAAACCGAUAAAUAUCACCUGGACCAAGGACCGCCAGGUUCUGAACUUCCAAGCUGAAACUAGAUACAAAGAGACAACGACGACCUUACCAGAGCACGUCGUGUCCGAAGUUCACAUCAAGUCUGCCGACCGCCGUGAUUCAUCGCUGUUCACGUGCAUGGCCUCAAAUGCCUAUGGGAGAGACGAGACAAACUUUCAAGUCGUUGUUCAGGAGAAGCCAGACAGCCCCCGAAACUUGAACAUUAAAGAGGUGACCAGUCAGAGCGUGACGAUGUCUUGGAUGCAACCGUACAGCGGAAACCUUCCCCUCACCAGCUACAUCGUCCAGUACAAGCGGGAUUCAGAGCAGUGGACCCCGGACGUAAUGUCAGUGCGCAACUCCCCCAGCGAUCUGUCCGUCGUGGUGCGCAACCUGAAUCCCGUCACCACGUACAACUUUCGGGUGGUCGCGGAGAAUGCUCUCGGACACGGAAACCCCAGCGAGGUGGUCAGCGUCAUCACAAAGGAAGAAGCUCCAAGCAACCCCCCAACUGAUAUCAAGAUUGAGCCCACCAGUUCAAAAUCAAUAAAAAUCAAGUGGAAGGCUCCUCGAUCUGAAGAUCGUCGGAGCCCCGUGAAAGGAUACUAUCUGGGCUACAAGUUACAUCGUUCAGGGGAGCAAUACGUGUACAAAACCCUGGAGAGCUCAAAGAGUAGCGAUGCAGAAGAGUUCACACUCAACAACCUCCGUCGUAACACCGAGUAUUCUAUACGCCUGCAAGCCUUCAACUCAGCCGGCUCCGGACCAGCCAGUGAAGAGAUAGUGGCGAAAACCCUUGAACAUGAUCCGCCCAGCCCUCCUUUGAUACGGGUUCAAUCGACGACGGCGACAUCGGUGCACCUGCUGUGGGAGCCGCCCGACAUUCCCGUCACAGGCUACAUACUGCAUUACAAAGAAGAACAAAAUGACUGGGUCAAGCAACAUGUACCGGGAACGCAGCAGAGCAUCGUGCUGGAGAACUUACGGUGUGGUACACGCUACCAGCUCUAUAUGGAGGCAUUCAAUGACGCCGGAAAAGGGGACCCCACCCAAGUGCUCAGCGUCAAGACUGAGGGCACAGCUCCCGUGGCUCCUGACAAGUCGUCUUUCCUUGUUAUCAACUCGACUUUCGUGCUUCUGCACCUGGGCGCGUGGUACAGUGGCGGCUGCCACAUCAGUUUUUUCGUGGCCCAGUACAAGCCAAAGGGGGAGUCAGAGUGGACGCUCAUAUCUAACCACGUGCAGCCACAAACGGAGACUCUGAUGGUGCCUCAGCUCCAGCCGGGAACGUGGUACAAUCUGCUAAUGACUGCGCACAACGAUGCUGGAUCCACGGAUGCCGAGUUUGUAUUCGCCACCUACACUGAGAGUGGAGGUACCGUUCCACCCUUGGUGUCCAUGAACAGUGAGGAGCGCCGUUUUUACCGGCACCUGGGCAUAGUGGUGCCGGUUGCCUGCUCCGCGGUUAUCGUUCUCAUGGUGUCUUUGGUCGUGUGCCUACUGUACAGCCGCACCUGCUGCCGAUCUCGCUCCAGGGUCAUCUACGAAACGGCAGGGGAGGACGAUCGUAGCCGAAACAGCAAAACGGGCAGCCGUGACAUGGUGGACAUGGUGUUGCUGAGUAAGAAGCUCCACUCGUCGUUCGACGAGACAAACGCCAAAAGCUUCUACCCGUCGCCGCCCCGGCUGACGCAGUGCCAGCAGCAGUCGCAGCAGCAAUGCCUGUCAGCGGCACAAAGCGCGGGCCAGUUGGCAUCGGUGGGCCAAGAGUUCGACGACGCCAACAGCGACUGCGACAGCGUGCCUUCGAACGGCGGCGGUGAGGGCCAGCACAGGCAUCACCACACGUACGACGUGCCUUUUCAUGUGCGAAGGCCUCCCGGAGAUGAAGAGACCUACUCUAAAGUGAAGCGUGUAAUACCCACGCCUGUGCCUGCUGCCAACCUCUAUCAGGUGCCCCAGGUUUGUGACACGGGGCGGCAAACGCUGGAGCGUCGCCGCAACGGUCGGCUGCAGCAGCAGCAACUGGUGCGGGAACUUGGCUCGCACCAGCAGUGGGUGCCUUCAUCACAGCUGGUCAGCACUGCGCAGCCCUCCGACUAUCGGAAGCCCCGGACGUCCAGUCGACCGCCUUAUAACGAACCUGGCAGCGACACCGAACACUCGCCUCAACGCUGUAUAAAAGGAGAAGACGAUGACCUUCACGAAGUGUCUGAAGCAGAGUGUGAUCGCGAACUUAGCAAACUCUCCUUCGUUAAAGGUGACGGAGGCCUGCGCGUCCUGAUGCCUCCUGUAGGCAGCAGAGAAACACCAUAUCUGUGAUCAUCCGUCCGAGAAUCCUCUUGGAAGGGUCCCUCGAGCGAUAAAGAAAAUCCUCUGUCUCCGUUUUCAUCCACGCAGAGGACAUUUUGUGCUAAAAGAUGCGAACUUCGUAAAAGAGACAUUUCGUUGUUAUAUUUCAUAAGUGUGGUGUCUACUCUCGGAGAAGCGGUGACACGCAAAGGCAUCUUCAGUGAACUACCCUCAUCAAACCGCAGUUUUGAAACAUGUCUGUCAAUCUCUGUACGUAUGUAUGUGUGUGGUAGCGCGUGUGUUUACGCAUGUACGAAACAACAACACAAAAACAAACAGCGAACCAACUUUCCAGCAAGCAGAGGAUGCCAAGGCCACCACUUGGCCCCAAUUUCGAAAUGUUCCACACAGCAAAAAUUGCUCAUGAGAUCUAAGCGUUUGGCCACGAAUGCGUUUUUUGUGUCAAACUCGUUCCGAAAAACGCAUAUUACCUGCAAAACGUUAAACUUAAAUAAAAAUUCUUGUUUAUGUGCUAAUUCGUGCAUGUUUGGAGUGUGAUUGUGCCUAAAAUUAUUUUCAGCAUUGGCUGCACUUGUUCAUAAAAUAUUACUGUUUCUUCUAUUUUCAUGCGAGGUCACAAGUCCUCAUAGGUUAGAAAUGUUGGAUUUUGUGAUAGAUUGAAAUGUGAGAACGUGGCACGAAUUAAAAUAAUUACGAAAAGUUAUGCGGAUCACCAGACCAGCGGCGUUGGUGAAUUUUCGAUAGAAUUGUUCUUACAAUAUCUAUUGCAAUAAAAACACAAACGGAAGUACAUAAAGAAUUAAAAAGUGAAGUGCUUUAUAGAUAGAACUUGUUCAAGUAAAUUGUUGUGCAUUCCGAGCUUGGCCCAUUCUCUGUGUUUGCGGUGAAAGGUUCUCUUUGCUGAUUUUAUGCUCAUUUGCGAACGUGAAUACCAACAUAAUACUUAGGAAUCUCUAUCUUUGUGUUCGCGCGGGGGUGCAUGUAUGUUUGGCCUCAUACUAAAUCCAUACACUGAACCUGUUUGUUGUUUCGAGUGUUUCCGCCCCUAGUCAAUACAGUGGGUGCCUGUAAAUAAAAAAGAGAUGUUAUAUCAUACUGUUUGAAAUAACAAGGUGCGUGAAUAAAUAAAGCGAAUUACGGUUGUUUUUUAUAA